AUGGGUGUGUGGGUUGGAAAUGAUUGGCAGUGGAAGUUAGAUUUUGAAGAUAGAAAUCUAGAUGGGAGGCAGUUACAAAAUCUCAGGGAUUUGAUGGAAAUGCUAUAUGAUAUUAAGUGUGGCUUGGGUUUGGCUGAUAGUUUUAUGUGGAAAAGUGGAUCAGAUCAUUCAUUCACUGUGAAUUCUUGUUAUAUUACUCUUCUGCAAGCAAGACAUUUUGUUGAGUUGGAGAUUACUUCCAAGACUACUCUAAAAUUACUUUAG